ACCAUGUGGGGCACACGGCUCGUGCUGCUGGUGCUGCUGCUGGCUUCCUGCAGUGAUCUUGCGGUGGCCCUGCAGUGCUACAGCUGCCCAGAGCCCACAGGGGUGGCCAGCUGUGUCACCAUCACCACCUGCAGUGCCAACGAGACCGUGUGCAAGACGACACUCUACUCCCUGGAGCUGGUGUACCCCUUCCUGGGGGACUCCACCGUGACCAAGUCCUGCGCCAGCAAGUGCGUGCCCUCGGACGUGGACGGCAUCGGCCUGACGCGGCCUGUGUUGUGCUGUAACACCGAGCUGUGCAAUGGGGCGCCCGCCCUGGGCGGCCUGGCUGGCCUGGUCCUCGCCCUCUCCACCCUCCUGAGCCUGCGACUCUAGAGCCGCCCGCCCCCCCCCCAGUGUCUUGAAGAAGCCCCGCCCACCUGCA